GUAGUGGUGAGAUACUAUGUACCCCGCAGAGUGUGACUCAUAAGGUGUGUUACGCAAUAAUAACAUAGGUGCCGAGGAUCUACUGUGUAUGUGCUUGCUUCUCUCAUAGGUUGAGCUCGUAUCCCGCGAUCGGCUAUUCAUUCAGAUGUGCUAGGUGGUAAUAGUAGUCAUUGUGAGGAAAUAUCUACUAUCACACUUAACAUUGUGAAACUUGGCUUAGCUGUUUGUCACUCAUAUAUAUAACACAUAUAUAUCUGCUCAUCUGCUUUUCAUCUUUACGGGGAUUAUCUUACUCACCUACUCAUAUUGCUUUAAUAGCGACAUCCAAAAUAUAGAAUUGUCGAGCAUUGCCUACUUACCUACUCAGAUUCUACUAUUAUAAAGUAGAGAUGGCCGUGACUACAACUGCCGCACACUUCGCCUCGCUCCACAGACCAGGAGAUCCUCUCGUGAUCCCGAAUAUCUGGGAUCUGUCAUCGCUCAACACCGUCCUCUCACUGAACACCUCCGAAACAUCAACCCCAGUGAAGGCAGUAGCAACGGCCUCGUAUGCCAUUGCCGCGACCCUCGGCCUUGCAGACGAAGACCUCAGCCUCGGCGCCAACCUCAUCCGCAUCCGCUCCCUUUCACCCCGCGUCCGCGCCGCCGGCCUGCCACUGACAGUCGAUAUCCAAGAUGCAUACGGAGAUCGGCUAGAGGACGUCGUGGCUGCGGUUGUUGAAGCUGGUGCUGUCGGCGCGAAUGUAGAGGACAUGAAGGAUGAGAAAGACGUGGGGGAAGAGGGAGGGGAUUUGCUUUAUACCCUGGAGGAACAGGUUGAGCGCCUGAAGAGGGUGUUGAAAAGUGCAGAGGAGAAGGGGUGCGAGGGGUUUGUGGUCAAUGCGAGAUGUGAUGUUAUGAGUCCUGCGUCGAGGAGAGGCGCGAUCGAUGAAAGUGCGGAAGAGGGGGAGAGAUUGUUAGGUGAGACGGUACGGCGCGGGAAGGCGUAUCUUGAGGCUGGUGCUACUACGGUGUUUGUAUGGGGUGGAUCACAGAGAGGAUUGAGAGAUGCUGAAGUCCGAGCCCUGAGUGAUGCCUUUGGAGGCAGACUUGCUGUUAAGCUUGGCACGGGCGACGGCGCGCUUAGUGUGAGGGAGUUGGCUGAUAUCGGCGUUGCGAGAAUCUCUGUUGGGCCGAGUUUGUUUCAGGCGGCGAAUAAGACUGUUAGAGAGGCUGCGGAGCGGAUUGUUGGUGGUGGGAGGCUGUGAUGUGCU